GAUUUGCUCCGUUUCAAUGGGACACCAAGGAUUGCCGAACAGUUUGUUUUUGCAAGACUUGCUGAUCGCAGACAGUUACAGUCUCCUAGCACUGUCAAUAGAAGUAGGACUUGUACUCCUGUCAUUCUUCUGUCCUCAACAAAGCCUUACUUAGGAGUUACUAGAUUGAAAGUAUAUUGUUUUGUCAGGUGGUGCAAUGUCUGGUGUAAGCAAAACUGUGCUAUUUAAAAUUUUUGUGGGGAUGGAAAAACUUUCAGUUGCAGUAAAACGUCUUAAGGGCUGUCCUUUUCCUGCAAACAGUGUCACAGUUCUCACUCUCGAGAGGACUUUCACAACUCCAAAGUAUGUAUACUGAGCAUACACAGCUGCUUGUGUUAGUCUGGUAAUGACAGGGUUUGCCCUCACUUUAACCCUGGUGCUCCCAUUUCCCUUAGCUCUGACUACCUUCACCCUUUCCUCUUACUCU